UAUUUUGAUAUGACUUGCAUUGGCAUGUAUUAUCAUAUAUUAUAGAUUUUGAUGUGCCUAUUUAAAAUUGAGUAAUGUUAGCAUGAUUUAUUAUUUGCAGCAGUAAUGAUAUCUGAAACCGUAUCUGAAGUUCAUUUGUUAAGUGGUGGCAACUAUAAAGAAUGGAAAGAUAAGAUUCUCUUUCACUUGGGGUGUGCAGACUUUGACUAUGCUCUUUGUAGGGAAGAGUCUCCAACACCUACUGAUACUAGUUCUCAAGCCGAGGUAGCAUUAUACGAACGGUGGGAGAAAUCCAACCGUUUAAGUAUGAUGUUUAUUAAGUCUCGUAUUUCAGCUAGUAUCCGAGGUUCAAUUCCUGAUUGUAGGAAUGUCAAGGAUUAUAUGAAGGCUAUUGAUGAACAAUUUGAGUCUUCUAGUAAGGCACUUGCAAGCACCCUAAUGGCACAAUUGACAUCUAUGAGGCUUACCAGCGUAAGAGGUGUGCGUGAACACAUCAUGAGGUUGAGAGACAUUACAACACAACUGAAAGCUUUAGAGGUUGAGAUCUCUGACUCAUUUCUGGUGCAUCUUAUUCUAAAUUCUCUUCCUGCCCAGUACGGACCAUUUAAGAUUUCUUAUAACACACAUAAGGAAAAAUGGUCCAUUAAUGAAUUACUGGUGAUGUGUGUGCAAGAGGAAGGAAGGCUAAUUCAGAAACUUGGUAAAAGUGCAUUAUUAGUGACAAAUGAGGGUAGUAAAAAGCAAGCUCAUAAGAAGAAAGAAAAGGGUAUUGUAUCCCAUCCUAUGAAGAAAGAAGGUGCACGGUGUUUCUUUUGUAAAAAGAAAAGACACAUGAAGAAGGAGUGCCCAAAAUUUAAAGUUUGGCUUGAAAAGAAAGGGUUUCAUAAGGAAAAGGAAACCGAUAGGAAGUGAACUAAGCAUCUAUAUGGACAAUCGGAUGCGUUCACGUGUGGAAGCUAUUGGAACAUUUAGACUUGUAUUAAGUACUGGUUGUAUUUUAGAUUUAGAAAAAACCCUUUAUAUUAUAAAUUUUUCUAAAAAUUUGAUUUCUUUAUCUAAGUUUGUAAACAAGGAUUAUGUAUAAAUUUUUA